AUGAAAAUAAUAAUAAAAAUAUAUUUUUUCUUAUUAUUUUUUGUUAUUAAAAAAAAAUGUAUAUGUGAAAGAAAAAAGCUAGAAAUUGUUGAUUAUAAUAAAAAAUCUAUUGAAGGCAUAAUAAAAAACAAAAUAAAAAAAUUUCAUGAAAAAAAACUAUUAUUAAUAACAAAUAUAAUUAAUAUUACAGAAACUCACAGGAGCUUUAUAAAUUUAUUAAAUAAUGAGGGGAAUCAUAUAAAAAAUAUUAUAAAUAUUCAUAAUGCUACUAAUAGCAUAAUUUUCGAUAAAAAAGAUUCUUCUAUAUAUGAUGGAUUAGUAAUUAUAUUGGACAUUUUAAAUGAUGAAAUUGUUACAAAGUUAAAAGUUAGUUACUUAAAAUUGUUUAUAGAAAAAAAAAAGCACAUUUUUUUUAGUUUAAAUAGUGUUGUAGGAAAAAAUUCUGUUCAUUUUUUAAAUGAAUUAAACAUAAGUGUUCAUGGAAAUUAUUCUUACGUUAAUGAUAUUUUUGAUAAUAUUUUUUUAAAAGAAGAUACAAAUGAUGAAAAAUUACAAAAAUCAUUUUAUACAAGUGAAAUAAUACAAAAUACACCAAUAACAAAUAAUAAACAUAAAAUUUUAUUUAAAGGAACGGCUCAUUCGGUUUUGCUGAAAGAAAAAUAUUACCUAAAAGUUUUAACUUGUACUAAAACAUGUUUAUUGUAUGGAAAAAACAAUAAUAUUAUAAAAAAGCAAAAACAAGGAACAGAAUUAUUAUUAAUAUCUUCUAUUCAGCUGGAAAAUAACUUCCGUUUAAUUUUUUCUUCUUCAUCUGAUAUAUUUUCAGAUUUUUAUUUUGAUUUAAAUGAAGAAAAUAAAAAUUUCACUUAUGAUUUAAUACAGUGGAAUUUAAAAAAAAUUGGUGUUAUUCGUUAUAAUAACUUUAAAAUACAUAAAAGAACAUUUAAAGAAAAUUCUAAUUUUUUUAUCAAAGAUACCAUUUAUAUUUCUAUAGAUUUUUACGAAUUAAGGAACAAUUAUUGGAUUCCUUUUAAAAGAGAUGAUAUUCAAUAUCAGCUAAUUAAAAUCAAUGUAAAAUCUAGAAAUUUUUUAUAUAAUUAUAAAUGUAUAAAAAAUGCUACAUAUUAUAAAAACAUUAAGUUACCAGGUGAGCAUGGUAUUUAUAAAUUUCAAAUAUACUACUUGAGAAAAGGUUAUAACAUUUUAAACUUAGAAUAUUUUUUACCUGUACGAAAUUUAUUACAUUAUGACAAAAAUAAAAAGGUAAAUUUUAAAAAUUAUCCAUUUUAUUUUUAUAUGUACUUAUCAUUGUUAUAUUUUUUUUUAUUCACAUUAAUACUUAUAUUUGAUGAUUCUGAUUAUAAUAACAAAAAAAAAAAAAAAUAA